AGGAACCAUACUACGUCGUCAAAGUCCCGAAAUAUUCAUUUUUUUAUUUUCCUUAUAUGCGCGUUCGGACCCUCAUUUUUCAGGUUUAGUUCACCCGUUUCGCCGCUACAUGGACGCCAAUAUUUUAGUCCAUAAACUGCACUAUUUGUAACGUGAACAAAUUCAAUUUUUACAUUGAAGUGUAUGAGGAUCAGAUUCGCUCGCUCAAUUAUACCAAUGCGUUGUCAAAGUGUUUAAGUACAUUAAAUUAUCCUUUUAGGUUACACUACUGUUGUUAAAAAGGAAUCUGUCAAAAUGCUUCGUUUUUUAUCAGAUAAACAAAUGGUCAUAUUUGACAUUGGCUCCGCAUAUACAAAAUUUGGUUACGCGGGCGAAGUUACACCACGGGGUAUAAUAAGGACAGAAAUUAAAUGUUCAGAGACUAAAGAGCUCAGAAAAAUUUACGAUUACAAAGAUGCGGAAGAUUUAUAUCAAUUGCUUGUUGAUUUUCUUCAUGCCUUAUUUUUCAGACACGUUGUGAUAUGUCCAAAGGAUGCUAGAAUUGUUGUUUUGGAAUCACCGCUAUGUACAACACUAUUUAGAGACACCUUGGCUAAAGUAUUGUUUCGACAUUUUGAAAUUGGGUCCUUAAUGUUAUUACCAAUUCAUUUAGCAACUAUCAGCACCUUGGGUGUCAACACAGCUUUAGUUUUAGACGUGGGAUAUAAAGAAGCUACAUUGAUUCCAAUUUUUGAAGGUGUAUCAAUUUUAAAAGCAUGGCAGGCUCUGCCAUUAGGUAGUCAGAUUGUACAUGAGAAUUUAAUAAAAUCUUUGAAAGAAGUGUCUCCCAAUGUAGACAUAUCAGAGAAACUUGUAGAAGACAUAAAAGUAAGAACAUGCUUUGUUACUACUUUAGAAAGAUCUAAUAAAUUAGGAACACCAGAAGCUCCUAAUCCUCCUCCUGCAGUUAAAUAUCCUGGAAUUAAAAGUAUUAAUAUACCUGGUGAAGUUAGAGAAAAAGCAUAUGAGGCAUUGUGGGAAAGAGACAAUGAUAAUCUUAGCAUACCUACAAUGAUUUUAGAUGCUCUCUUACAGUGUCCAAUAGAUACUAGACGAGUUUUAGCAGAAAAUAUACUAUUAAUUGGUGGUACAACAAUGGCAAAAGGCUUUAUGGGUCGUCUUAAAUCUGAACUUUCAGUUCUUAUAAAAAGUAAUUUGUAUUCAGAAAAAUUAAAAAUUAGAACAUUUAAAUUUCAUACUGCACCGAGUAAACCAAACUACACAGCAUGGCUAGGAGGUGCUAUAUUUGGAACUAUAGAUUUACCACUAAGAUGUCUGACUAAAGAAAAUUAUUUAAAAUCUAAUAGAGUCCCUGACUGGGCUAGUUUAGUUGAUAAUCAGAAAGAAGAUUCAUUAAUUUGCGAAAUUUAAGACAUUGCUUCAUUUGUAAACUAAUAAUUUUUAUAACACGUACUAUAUACUGAUUACA